AUGGCUUCUCCGACAAUUGAAGGGCCUGGUGCGACGCCCAAAAAGUCUUUCAUCAUCAACGCCUUUGUGGAAUCUUGCAGUGGCCAUCAGUCUCCCGGCCUAUGGCAGCAUCCCGACGAUAAGUCAACUAGCUUCAACAACAUCUCCCAUUGGAUCGAGUUGGCAAAGUUACUUGAGCGAGGAAAGUUCCAUGGCAUGUUUAUUGCAGAUGUCUUGGGCUCGUACGACGUCUACAAGGGUCCUCGAAACCCGGACCCGGCCGUCAUUUCUGGAGCGCAAUGGCCCGUUAACGAGCCCCUCGCCGUGGUGCCAGCCAUGGCAGCCGCGACGAAGAAUCUCGGGUUCGGCGUGACUGUUGCGACGACGUACGAACAGCCGUACCAUCUCGCCAGACGAUUGAGCACCGUCGAUCAUCUAUCCGGUGGCCGUCUCGGCUGGAACAUUGUGACCGGGUAUCUUGACUCGGCGGCGCGCAACUUGGGCUAUACGGAGCAGCCGAAACAUGACGAGCGAUAUGCGAUUGCUGAGGAAUAUGUGGAGGUGACGUACAAGCUUUGGCAAUCUUCGUGGAGAGAUGACGCUGUGAAACUAGACAAGAAGAAAGGCGUCUACACAGACCCAGCGCUGGUCCGCACCAUCAAUCAUGUCGGCAAGUAUUACAACGUACCCGGACCGCACAUCUGCCAGCCCUCGCCGCAGCGCACACCGGUAAUCAUGCAAGCCGGCACCUCUUCCUCUGGUAGGAACUUUGCAGCAAAACACGCCGAGGCGAUAUUCGUCGCCGGCCACAGCCCCUCGACGGUUGCGAAGAACAUCGCCGAGAUCAGAGCCAAAGCCAGGGAUCAGUACGGGCGCGAUCCUGCCACCAUCAAGUUCUUGGCCAUGUUCUGUCCCAUCAUUGGCCAGUCGCAGGAAGAAGCCGACCGCAAGUAUCGCGAGUUUCUGUCGUAUGGCUCGGAAGAUGGCGCGCUUGCGCUUUUCGGAGGGUGGACGGGCAUCGAUCUCUCAACCUACGGGGAUGACGAGGAGUUGAGGCAUGUCGAGUCCAAUGCAAUCCGCUCAGCGGUGGAAGCUUGGUCCAAAGCCACGCCCGAGGUGCCCAGAUGGACCAAGCACACUGUUGCGAACCACAUCAAGGUCGGCGGCCUUGGUGCUACAGUCGUUGGCACGGCUGAAAAGGUGGCCGAUGAGAUGGAGAGAUGGGUCAAGGAGGCGGACGUGGAUGGCUUCAAUAUUGCGUACGCCUUGCUUCCGCAGUCGUUUGAGGACGUCAUUGAGCAGCUACUCCCGGUGCUCCAGGAGCGCGGCCUGUUCUGGAGCGACUACGCUGUCGAUGGAGGGACAUAUCGAGAGAACCUGUACGGCAAAGGGGGGGUGGUCGUACCGCCCGCAGACCACCCUGCGGCCCAAUAUCACUGGAAGGCAGACAUAUAG